GGGAAGCAAUGUCUAAAAAGUCUUAGUCACUGGAGAAAGUCACUGGUUUUUUUGUUUAGUUGAGAGCACGUGGCAGUUUUAUUUCCGCAAUUGAAUAUUAGUUUUUGUUUAAAAAAUUAUCUCAAGUGAUUAAAAUAGCACGUGGAGUAUAAAGGUAUUCGUUACAAAUUUCUAGCGUGGACGAAAUUUAUCGAUUCCACUCUCUAGCAAGGAGCAAAGAGUAGGCAAGACGAUCUGAUUUUCACCGAGUUAAACCAUACGUUGGUUAUUUUUUGGAGUGUCCUUUAAGGUGGUUUUUAUAGAACCGUAAAAACAGGUAUUUGUAUGAGUCAAAAGGUAGAAAAACCAGUCCUAUCGGGUCAGCGCAUAAAGACCAGAAAAAGGGAUGAAAGGGAGAGAUAUGACCCAACUGGCUUUAGAGAUGCAGUAAUUGCUGGACUCGAUAAAUGUGCUAACGAUUUCGAAGCAAUAUCCCGAUAUUUGGAUGGUGCUGGAAACAAACUUGACUAUCGCCGUUAUGGAGAAUCUUUAUUUGACAUUCUCAUUGCCGGCGGCAUUCUUGUACCAGGAGGUACAUUAUCCCAGGAAGGUGAUGGCCCACACAAGACAGAUGCUUGUAUUUUUAACACCAAGGAUGAAAUCAAUAUGGAAGAAAUGAAAAAUUGGGAACAGGUUUUUACAAAGUUAAUGAGGAGGUAUAAGUACCUAGAGAAAAUUUUCCAAGAUGAAAUCAAGAAGAUCUUGAUGUUUGUUAAAUAUUUCAAUGAACCACAACGAAAAAAGUUAUCGGCCAUGUUAGCAUUGUGGAUCUCAAAUGGUAGUGUACCAUUUACAGCCGUCCUUGUAUUAAAUAACUCACAUCUAAUAAAAGAUCAUCUUGCAUUUGAUUUUCUAAUUGAUUUAUUCAAAUAUUGGCGCCAAGAACGAGGCGUCAAUUCACUGCAAACAGCGAUACGUAAAGCUAAUUUGGAGCAGCAUUUAAAUAGCUUCAUACCAGAUACAAAGCAAUCACAAACAUACUUUCGUAAUGCUUUUCAAGACAAUGGACUUGAAGAAAUUCUCAAACUAUAUGAAGAUCAACAUCAGCAGGUAGCCAAAAAAGAGUUGCAAAUCUUAUUGGCUGACAGCUUAGCUGAAAAUAAAUCUAUCCGUGACAUUGUGACUGAGCUGAAAGAGAUUUCUACCCAGAAUGCAAUUCAAGAACAUGAAACUGUGUGCAUUAUUUGGACAACGGUAAUGGACAUACCAGAGUGGUCCAAAAAGGAGGAGUUAGUUACAGAUCAGGCUGUCCGUCAUUUGAAGCAGUACACCACAUUAUUCUCAGCUUUCACUCAGUCAGCUCGAGCCGAACUAAACCUUCUGUUGAAAGUGCAAGAAUAUUGCUACUCGAAUAUGACAUUUAUGCGUGCUUUCCAUAAAAUUAUUAUGUUGUUUUACAAGACGGACGUCAUAUCAGAACAAACUAUACUUAAAUGGUACAGACAAGAUUACAAUGUAAAGGGCAAGAUGAUGUUCCUUGACCAGAUGAAGCAGUUUGUGGAGUGGUUGCAAAACGCUGAAGAGGAGAGCGAUUCCGAUGAAGAAAGUGAAUAAAAAGUAAUCGCCCUAUCGAAACUAGUGCCACCAAGUUGACUCAACCAUGAAGAUAGUAACACUUUUUUCUCCAAUGUAUAUAUCAUUCUAUAACUAUUAUAUAAAUGAUUCAUAAUGUAUAAACAUUAUGGUGCCUUAUUGUGUUGGUGUGUGGUGAAGGCAAGCAAUAAUAUUUGCAGAGAUUAAAUAAAUUACAAAAAUAAGUUCAAUUUUUUAAAAAAAUAUCUACUCCAAACAAGUCUUUAGCUGUUUAAAAAUUUUGAAUAAGUUCAUUUAAGAAACUCCAAAAACAAAUUUCAAAUUAAUUGUUCUACUUUCCACUGUCUUAAAGGCUCAAUAGUACUUUGAAAACUUUAAUUCUUAAUUUAAAUAAUCAAUGAUUUGAAGAUGUAUAAAUCAAAUAAACAAGUAAGAACGGGAGUAUUAAUGAAUAAGCAAGGGUGAUAUAACUUCUCGAUGAUGUUUUAUAUCUUGGUCUAUAUUUAGAGCUUGGUUAAAAAUACAUUUUGCAGUAUUUUAAAAAUAAAAAAAAACUGAUUAGGUUAAUGUAAAAUUAAAUGUACGGCAAACGAUCGAUGGAUUAUAGAUAAAUAAUUAGGGGAUAGAAAUUAAACUUUAUAGAAAUCAAUUUGGUCGUUAGGGAUGCCUAAAUCGACUUGACCUUGAUGUAACGUUAUAAUAGAAACCAUAAUAAAUGCAUCGAAUGGA